AUGCGUGAUACCGUCGCCCGCCGCCUGCUCGCCCUGGCCAUCUCCGGCUCGUGCCUCCUGUCCACCGCCGCCGCCUCCCCGCUGACCCCCAAGCCGAAGCGCCAACAGUCGGCCGGCCAAUCCCUGGCCGUGACCGGAAUCGACCAGGGCUAUGUGCAGCCACGCCUGGAGAUUCGCGACUUGGCAGAGGACGAGUUCCAGUGGAACCUGUUCCUCUUGGCCAUGCAGAGGUUCCAGCAGAUGGACCAGGAUGACAGGACCUCGUGGUACUCGAUUGCCAGCAUCCAUGGAAAGCCCUAUCAGACGUGGGACGGAGUAGAAUCCAAAGGAUCCAAGACUUCGGGUUACUGCAUGCACUCGUCAAACCUGUUUCUGCCGUGGCACCGGCCGUACCUGGCGCUUUACGAGCAAACGCUUCAGGGACUCAUGGCCGAAAUCGUUAGCGAAUGGCCCGACAGCCCUGAAAGAGACAACUACACCGAAGCCGCCGCCACCUUCAGGCUGCCUUUCUGGGAUUGGGCUGUGCUUCGUUCCGAAGGCGAGACGACCGUCCCCGACUUCUUCGUCACCCCCACCAUCGACGUCAUGCUGCCGAACGGGAGCGAGACUAUCGACAACCCGCUGUACUCGUACAAGUUUCACCCCUUGGACGGACGUGCCCUCUACGACUCGGGCACUCCGCAAUUCUCCGUCUACCCCGAGACUAUGAGGUACUCGCCGACCCAGGCCGAAGACGCUCAGUCGGACCAAAACAGUUUCGUCACCGCCAUGGACAAGGGCCGCCCGCAGCUCCGUGAUGCCCUGUACGAUCUCUUCACCAACUACCACAACUUCACCAUCCUUGGAAACAUGGCCUCCUACAAGGGACAGCAGUACCAAAGCCUGGAGACGGUCCACGGUUGGGUCCACAUCUGGGCCGGUGGCAACAACGGCAACAUGUACCAUGUCCCCUUUUCGUCCUUCGACCCGGUUUUCAUGCUUCACCAUGCGAACAUCGACCGUAUCUUCGCCAUGUGGCAAGUGCUCAACCCCGACAGCUAUGUCGAGCCCGAAGCCCAGGCCUACGGCACGUACAUGGUCAGCGCCGGCCAGGUUCUGGAUGAGGACUCCGAACUGUACCCCUUCCACUCCAGCGCUAAUGGCGACUUCUGGACGUCGAGCCAGGUUCGCGAUGUGGAGGCCUUUGGUUACACCUACCCCGAGCUCGUGAACGCGGAUCAGGCAGCUAUGAGGACGACCAUCAACAAGAUGUACGGCCAGAGCACUGUCAGCCACCGGACCAAGCGCACCGAUGUCGGCGGCGUGGUUGGCGGCGUCACCGGAAUCAUCAACAAGCUCAUCCAGCCCGGCCAGAUCGAUGCCGAUGCCGCCGAGAAGGAUGAGCACCGCUUCGAAUACACGGCCAACAUCAGGCUGAGCAAGUGCGCUCUCGGCGGCCCCGGCGUCAUUUACCUCUUCCUGGGCGACCACAGCGACGACGCUGCCGACUGGAUGACGGAUGACCACCUCGCGGGCUCCUCCCCGCUUUUCGUCAUGGACGACUCGGCCAUGGGUUCCGGAGAAAGCCACUACAUCUACGCCGCCGUGUCCCUGACGCGCGAGAUUGAGCAGCGCGUUGCCAGCGAGGAUUUGGGCUGCAUGGACCCGUCGGAAGUCGUUCCGUACCUCAAGGAGAACCUGUCCUGGAGCAUAGCCAAGGCCGACGGUUCCGCCGUGCCCGCCGAGGACGUCUCCGGCCUAGAAAUCUCCAUCGCCAAGGCCGCCUACCGGCCCGCCGCCUCUGACGACGAGUUCCCGUCACUGGUGGGCGCCAUCGAGACGCUGUCGGAGAUCACGAGCGGCAAGAUUGGCGGUCUGUCUUUGGGCUCGGUUCUGGGCCUGGGCGACGAGAAAUAG